UCCAACUGUGCUUUGCUUGCGCUCUCGUACCUAUUCCUAAAAAUCUGAAUCUCCAACGCUAGCGUAAAAGCAAAGGUGAAGUGAGGCCACAAGUCCCUAAAAUUUGGUGUUUCUGUAGAUGUCUUUAGCUUGCCCCACAAGUGUUCCUGCAAAGAGCGAACGUACGCAUUAACCACUUGCGUCAUACCAUCUUCUAGACAAAGUAAUAAAAGAUCAACAUCUGACUCCUGGCAGCUUUUAAUCUGAGCAACCAAAAAAAGCAAUGAAUGUCCAGUAUACUCAUCUUUAUUUUAUGUGCCUGACGACUACAUUUUGCUUCGCAACCAGGCAGGAAGCCAUUAUUAAACCAGGUCAAAAUACCGACAGAGAGAAUGAUGUUAAAAAGUUGCUGAGUAGCCACCAUCACCUCAUCAUAAGCCGGGGAAUUUAUCAGAGCCCUGACUAUCCACUUUGCGUGCGAUCUCACUUGAUAUCAUUUUCGGAUGUUACAUUUCGGCACAAGUUAAGCUAUCAAGAACGGGAGUUCAAGGGCCAGAAAAUGCGAGGCAUCCGGCUGUACAGGAACGCCUACUAUCACGUGAAGAAGAUGAGAACCGUCGUCUUAUUUGUCGCCAACGUAUUCAUCGCUGCACACCAAGUGGACCCCCGAGUGUCUGGAAGCUACAAUAUCUAUUAUGCCAACGAAAAAUGCUUUGUCGCUGGAACACAUUUACCUGGUAACACAUCCACAAUUGAAAGCAACGCUUUGCGGAAUCACACAGGAAAUGCCGCAUGCUUACUCUGGAGAUAUGCACGCGCAAAGAAGCAAGAGAGAAUUUCAUGUAGGGCCGCCUUCAAGCAAUUCUGCAGCAGAUACCAAGGACAUAAAGCUUACUUUACCAAGGAAAUAUGUGGCAGGUGAAACUACAUAAGGAAGGCCUUUCGCAUUUGUGGGGUCCAAAGUUGAAUAAAACUUUUUAUUUUGGACUGUCAUA